UAGUAUAGUGUUUGGUGUAAACAAAUCGGGAUGACGACCUGCUUUAGCCACGAGGAGUGCAUAUUUGUCUGUCGUUAUCGUCAAGUAGAUAUUUGUAUUUGUUGGGUUGUACACAAUAGGGUUAUAUGAUGGCUCCAUAUGAGCACGACGUAGGGACUGUUACAUUGUUGGUGGGUUAAGCCCACCGAAAUCAAUCUCAGGCGUAAAAUUGUGUACGUGACAUAAGGUUAACAUCCAAAACUUCACCUGGUAGUUUUCGUGCUGGUGUGUCAUAGUAACAGAGGUUAACUAAGACUAUUUGCUAGUUGACUGUAAUAAAACGAUGACUAACAUUCUGCGUCAGGUGGACAUUUCGAAGCGACCCUCCUCUUGUGCGCGGGCGCAGUGCUUACAGUUACCCCAAGCUGGACUAUACUUUCAAUUAGGCUGUUUCGCGCGUUGUACUGAUUCGAACUUGAUCAACUGCCGACAUUUAGAUACGAAUUCAGUUAACCUACGCAUAUGCCAACAACAUAUGUUGAAUACAUGGCAAACUAUAUCGAGGUUAUCCCACUUCUGGGUAAUCAAUAACAAAACGAUAGCCCCACACAAUUAUCAUCGUGUGUAGUUGGAUCUGAAGCCGAAAUUCGGUGUCUUUUGUGACACAUCGCGUGUCUUACGAAACGCCAGAAAUUGCGGUGACCUCGUGUUUAAAAUAACAAAUAUUAUGUGCCAAAUAAUCGCACCUGCGCUUAUUAUAUGCAGGAAGUUUUGGCAGCACUCGUAGUACUUUUUUCUUAUGAGUUUCAUCCUAAUCUGAAGGAAAUCACUAGAACUAUAGGACCUUUGAAGUGUUGUGAAAUUCCUCUAUGAAACACCAUUACUAGGUGUGUUGAUAUUUACAGGCACUGCAUUAGUUAUAUUAAUGGGCAUCUUGCAGUUCUGAGCGCCGAGGAUCAGUAUUUGGUAAUAUUGACGUCAUGAGUCUAUAGAAAGAUAAACAAUUUAUCUCUUUAAAAAAAGUUAAACAAUUUAACUUUUUUUUGCACGUGUGCGUGUAUAUGGUCGCACGUUAUAUUUUCUAGAUAUAUGUAUUUUAAUAUAUAUGAGAUAUUGUGAUGUAUUAGAUUAUUUUUUGGCUCGAUAAAUACGAAUUGCAUAGAUUUUCACCGUUCUUUUGUUGUUUGUGGACGAUCAACAGUUGCCUCCAGUGAGGCAUCUACUGUCCCCCCAAUACCUUCAGUCCAUUUGAUACGAUACGUACCAGAUAACUUUUGCCACACUGAUGUCAUGUUUACGCGCAUCCUUCUCCGCCAAGGUUUUUUGAGGGUCUUCGUUAAUUUUAUUCUUCGUUGCUUAAAGUUGUGUUUCAAAAUUUCUGUCAAGUUUAGUUUGUCGAAUAGAAAGCCGUUAUCUUGAUCCGCCGAAGUUAGCGUUGAGAUGCUGUAAUCGAAAUUAAUGUUAAUGUACGGAUGAGAGAAAAACUGUUGCCCUCUUAGACCUCUUGUCGGUUCUCUUCAAUUGCUGCGUUCUUUGCUACCGCCUCGCGAAUACGCAACUGAAAGUCGAUCGCGAUGGUACUGACAACGGCGACGACGCCAUCGCGUUUUCGAGCAUCCGCGCGAAUCUCCAGAAAAUGUUCGCCUCUCAGAGUUAUACGAACGGACAUCACAAGGAAAUGUUUUGCCCGUUUUACGUCGUCACCACGAUCGGCAAUGGUGCUGAAGCGAAACGUAAAAAUCGAGCUGCGGACGAUUUUUCUUGAGGGGACAGAGGAACUGAGCGAGAUGUCGGCUAGUGUCGACCAUUUACGUAUUCCCACUCCUCGCUAUUCGUACAGAGAUUUAUAGAUAGCUACACAAAUGUUCGUUCCUCUGCGGACAACGGGGAAUUAUCGUACUGCGGGUGAUGUCGAUAGCGCACAUAACAUAUUUAGAAUUGCGUACGAAUGUGACGCGCGGCGACCAGUCUGUGGCGUUUCGAGAGAAACUGUAACAGAAGUAGUUGCACUUUCUGUUGUUCAAGACAUCAACAGCGGUAAUAACGGCAGCUACUUUUCCGGCGUCGUCAACGCUAUCACCGUCAGCGUUGGCAUCAUUAAGAGCAGCAGUAGAUGGGUGAUGAAGAGUUGAUUUCAUAGGACGUGUUUGGUUUCGAAGUUACGCUCUCCUUGGCAUUCGGCUGGCGGCGUAUGUUUCCAACGGAUAUGAACUUCUAUGACUUGUAUUUUACCCCCCGUUCCACGGACCUUAAGUGUUCGAUAUGUUGCUCAAUGUUUACUGUCAUUAAAAACCAGUGCACCUAAUCCUUGCCUAAACACAGUUUCCUCUGGCAAAUGAUUGGCUAUAAUCAGAAGUGAAAUGUGAUGGUUAUAUGAUAGAAGAAUAGUUGCGACCGAUGUGGACUUGUGUAUGAAGGGCCAUACACAAAGAGGUUUACGUUUGUAGCCCUGUGCCAGAAUCCUGUGUGACCUUUUAAACGUAGAACUGCUCUUUUUUUUUUAAGGAUGUCACCUUGCGUAACUCGAGUGUUUCUGGGGAUGCCCGCAUCAAUUUGCUUAGUGGACAAAGUGACUGCGCACAGUUAUGGUUAACGAACAACUGUUCACAGCAGCGACUAUUUCCGAUUUUGCUAAGUAUUUACUUCAAUUUGAUGUUUUACGUGUAACAAAUAACUCAGGUGUACAUUGAACGGAUUUCUGUUCUAAUUCAUAAGCGCGUACUUAUGUAAGCAGAUUUAGGAACACGAAAACGAGAUUCUGCGAUAGUCGCUUGAUCUUUUAAAGAUUUUGCAGUUCACACAGAGCUAACUGAUUGGGUGAGUUGUCUGUGCUAUUAAAGUCGAUGCGAAGUACAUAUUGAGCAUAGAACGACUCAUGCUACUGUCAACUUUUAGUAAGUAAAUACGUUAGGUCAUUAAGAUCAAUGCGUCAGUAUUCCACGUAACCUUGUUUUUAUUGUGCAUUCAGUGCGUGGAUGUAAACAGUUGUGUUUUCAUUAUAAGUUUCCAGAAAAAAAAAGUUUUUAGCUUGCUUCUACGUUCAUAUGUGGAAGUUUGUAUUCACAUACGAUUUUGAGAAAUCAGUCCAAAGUUCCUUACGCGUAUCCGCCUGCACUUGUUGGUGAUGAGAUGCAUAAAACGGCCUGCAUUUCAUCUCAUGUAGUUUUAAAUCAUUCAGUACCCAAAAGUCGUAAGGCUAAUACAUUAAACGUGUUUCUUUUAGUAUUUGUUACAUUUUUCUAGACCGCGUGGGAAUAUUAUUCUAAUGAUCACGCAGUAUACGUAACAUAUUAUAUUACUCAGUGUUCUGUCGAUACGAACGGAGAAUGAACUCGAAUUACUUUUUUUUUUCAGUUACUCCCCGCUUAAUAUACGAGAGUAGCCAUUUAAUUCAAGCAGCACGUGAACGACGUUAAAAUUGUAUUAGCAUUUUUCCCAGUUUUUAUUUUAACAAUGCAAAAAAUAUUACUUCAGCUUGUCUCUUACACUAAGGUAAUUUAGUUAACUGGGCUGCAAACGACAGCGUCAAAGGUCUGGGCCGCCUGCAUAUUUAAACUUAUGCUUUUCAACUUACUGUUUUGAAUACUUGUAGGUCGAGGCGUUAUUACAGGAACAAGGCCCUUAAUAUUGCAGAGUGCCAAGGUAGAAUUAAAUUAAGGUAGAAUAGAAGCUUUUAUUUUUGACCUAAGUUGCAGAUCAAAAUGCGUGUAAAGUAUGUACUAACUGAUUAAUCAUUUGCAUCGUUUUAUACUCAAGUGUUUUGUUUGUAGCUAACUGUCAGUUUCAUCGCCCCUGCUACCCUGACCUACGGAUCUUUCUCUAAAAACUAAUUUUCUUAACUAGAUUAUAAAAAAAAGCUACUUAAAAUGGCCCGACUAUCAUGAAGUGCUACCCUGCGGCAAAAUUCAAAGUUCCGGAAUUCAGUGACUAAAAAAGGUCUUAGUUGCCACCUAUUUAUAAUGGAUGUGCAGUAUGCCGCUGGUUAUUGAUGCAGAUUUCCGUUCCGACAAUAAUUCGGUAACUAUAUGCAACCAAAACAUUAUCUUGCUCUCAGGGCAAAAUCGACGAAAUAGGCUCACCCGUAAGCCGGUUAGAAACAAAACUGAAAUAUAAAUAUUAGACCUAACUCGUUUUAUGAUUACUACAUAUUCUGCCAUACUAUAUUAUUACUACAGUUAUGCCAUGCUCAGGAAUUCAGCUUGUCAAACAGAUAGGAGCAACAGCGUAGUCUUAUUGAGAUACAUCUAUAUACAGAUCGCAAGCAGCCGCAGUUCUUUUUCUCCGUGGUCGUAUCGUUGUGGUCCAGACACUACAAUAAUUUUCGUUUCUAUAAAUGGUAGAAGGAAAACAUUACGAAAGUGAAGUUUGAUUCUGUCUAAUUAUUUGACUUAAUUCCGUUUUUGUUGCUCAUCCCGUAUUUUGAAGGUACCAGGUACAUGAAUGCAGAACCAAUGCAAACUAGAGAGAUUUACAGACAAAAAAAAAUUCUGACCAUGAAUAAAAUUACCAAUUUCAGUGUUAAUAAAGUAUAUUAUAAAGAUAUAUAUUAGUACUAUUAUAUAACAGGAAAUAAGCUUUUACGGUUUCAGCAUUGUAAGCCUUCGAUUUCAAUUGAAUAUGAGCUGGACCGACGAACUAUCGGCUAAGCAAGAAAAUUUUCAAGCAUAGCAAGUGGCACCGUUGUUAUUAUCGGACAAUACAGCAAAUUAAUGUAACACCAUCUUAUUUGUGGUUUCACGUUUUUUUCUGACCUGAAUAGACCGAAUGGAUAGUUCGGUCGCUGGUGCCACGGAAGGCGCUGUCGUACCAGCCGGUGUCGUCGAGCCUGCGAGACUGGAACAUUCGUCAGAUAAGCAUCCACGACAAGCCCUUGAUGCCAUUAACGUACUUCGACUUCAUCGGGAACUUUGCGACGUCGUCCUCGUCGUCGGGAGUAAGAAGAUCUUCGCUCAUCGAAUUGUGCUAUCGGCAUGCAGUCCAUAUUUUCAUGCCAUGUUCACUGGCGAAUUGGCUGAAAGUCGACAAACGGAGGUAACGAUUCGCGACAUUGAUGAGUUUGCUAUGGAGUUAAUUGUGGAUUUUGCUUACACAUCACGGAUCGUCGUCCAAGAGUCAAACGUACAGAUGUUACUGCCAGCGGCCUGUUUACUCCAGAUGACAGAGAUUCAGGAGGUGUGUUGUGAGUUCCUCAAACGUCAGCUUGAUCCUUCCAACUGUCUCGGCAUUCGUGCCUUUGCAGAUACCCACGCCUGCCGAGAGCUACUGCGUAUAGCCGACAAGUUUACUCAGCACAAUUUCCAGGAAGUCAUGGAGUCUGAAGAGUUCCUUCUGUUACCGGUAAACCAGCUAAUGGACAUAAUCUCCUCGGACGAGCUAAACGUUCGCUCAGAGGAGCAUGUAUUUACAGCUGUUAUGUCAUGGGUGAAGCACAACGUUACCGAACGUCGCCAGUAUCUUGGUCAGAUCCUCGGCCACGUACGGUUACCACUGUUAAGUCCAAAGUAUCUCGUCGGUACAGUCGGAAGUGAUCUUCUCGUCAAAAGCGAUGAGAUCUGUCGCGAUUUGGUCGAUGAAGCCAAGAACUAUCUCUUAUUACCUCAGGAACGACCUCUAAUGCAAGGUCCUCGCACUCGACCACGGAAGCCAGUGCGCCGGGGAGAGGUUCUUUUUGCUGUGGGUGGUUGGUGUUCCGGGGAUGCGAUAGCUAGCGUCGAACGCUAUGAUCCGCAAACAAACGAAUGGCGCAUGGUAGCUCCGAUGAGUAAGAGACGCUGCGGAGUCGGGGUGGCUGUACUAAAUGAUCUACUUUAUGCUGUCGGAGGUCAUGACGGCCAAAGUUAUCUUAACUCGAUCGAGCGAUUUGAUCCACAAACGAACCAGUGGAGUUGUGACGUUGCCCCAACUUCCAGCUGCCGAACCUCAGUCGGAGUCGCUGUUCUCGACGGGUAUUUAUAUGCUGUAGGCGGUCAAGACGGUGUGUCCUGUCUCAACUUUGUGGAACGUUACGAUGCCGAGAAAAACCGAUGGACAAAGGUUGCUCCUAUGGGAAGCAAACGCCUGGGCGUAGCAGUGGCUGUUUUAGGAGGAAAUCUCUACGCAAUGGGUGGCAGCGAUGGAACAUCGCCUCUUAACACUGUUGAGCGCUUCGAUCCGCGCACAAAUCGAUGGACGUGCGUGGCACCGAUGGGCACAAGGCGAAAGCAUCUCGGCUGCGCGGUGUAUAAUAACAUGAUCUACGCUGUUGGCGGUCGCGAUGAUACUACUGAAUUAUCCUCAGCCGAAAGGUAUAAUCCUCAGCUGAACACUUGGCAGCCCAUCGUCGCUAUGACGUGUCGGCGAAGCGGUGUUGGGCUAGCGGUGGUUAACGGUCUACUUUACGCGGUUGGCGGGUUUGAUGGAACGACAUACCUCAAAACGAUUGAAGUUUACGACCCAGAUACUAACCAAUGGAAAUACUGCGGUAGCAUGAACUAUCGGCGACUUGGAGGCGGUGUUGGGGUGGUACGGUUGCCUCAAUGCGAUAUGACAACACAUUUCUGGUAAAUGAGAAAUAGAACGGAUGCAGCAGUAACCUAGAAAGAAUCUAACGAUGAAGGACAUACCUUAGUUAUAAAUAGCUCUUUUUAAAGGUGAAGGUCGUGUGAACUGCUCGAAACUGUUGAUACUCGUCUAGUUGAAAUUAAAGGACAUCUUUCGCAAUACACCGUAUCAACGUAAGAAGGAUCAAAGUGCAUACGGUAAGCUCGGCUCUUUUUCAUGCAGUGAACUAUGUGAGCUGACGCCAACCAGGAAGACUUGUAAUACUAACGAAAGGAUGCGGGCCACGUCAAGACCGGUGACGCACAUGACGUAGUAUAUUUAAUUUUGACGACGAGUUGAUAACUAAGAAAGUUCAGGUGGAAGUUCGUUUCGGUGAUGAAUCGCUAAUGAUUCUAGUUCACACUUAUGGUAUGUAUACACAUAUAUACAAAACACCGCACCUAGAGGCUUGUGUUCAAUUGAGAAUGAACUUUGUACGAGCGAUAGUGGGGUGGCCUUAAUUCUACAAAAUGCUCUGAAUCCGCAUCACUCUGGUGUUGUAGUUAUUACAGAUUUGACUAAAAAUCAUAGAUUCCUGACUGUAGCAGAGCUGUUGUUACUGUAUACUAAUGACAAGUAUAGGAGAAUACACGUUAACACUACUAGUUACACGAGGCACACAGGCAUUGUGAAUGCAAAUCUUAUAAGCGUUUGUAUGGGUGCGUGCAUUGGCCAUCUGCCUAAGGCGUGACAUAAGUUUGCUGUUGCUCACUCAUUGCUAACCCUGUAACAUGGCCAUUAAUUAGUCUUACAAGUAAAUGUCCGCCAGCCAAGAGGAGAGUGGAACCAAUGUCACUGCAACAAGCAGCCGAUCUUUAGGUCAUAAGUGUCAUAGUUUUAUUUGUAUUUGAAUAUUUACUUGUGUACUCAUGGUUCUUCCGUACAUUAUAUCUAUGUAGUGUAGCGUUUAUGUACAAAACUUGAUAUUCGGUCGUUUUAGAGACAGUGUGCUUCAGCUCUGUGAGACGGCCAUUUAAACAUUUGUAAAUGAAUCGCGCUGAACGGUCCUGAACAUCGCAAACUGAAUUUGAAGUACAACUAUUUUUUUUUAUCUAUUUAGUGAGAAUAAGUUCAACUUUUAGCGGUUCAAAAGAAAGAUCUAACCAAGCGUCUAUCACUGAUUUGAAAACAACUCUAUUGAAAAAAUAAAAACAUACAAGUAAUCAGGUCAAUGGCUAUCUAAUGCUGACAUCAAUUGAUGAUCAAGUAACCAUAAACAACUAUGCUGAUAAGUGUACGUCGAUAAAACGCUUAAAAAUACAUACUUUUAAAUCAUAGAUGAACAACUAGUUUUAAUUGCGUUGAAUGAACAGGCAAACGCAGAUGAGUUGCAAAAUAAAGGUUCUGUGUCGAACCGCUUAUUUUUUAGAUUGGCAGUUCGAGGUUAGUCUGUUUAUCCUGUUUAUAUAUUCUUGAAUACCUGUACUGCGUUGAGUAUUGUGUAAAUUUGAAGACGGUCUCGCAUAAUACAUUAUAGGAAAAAAAUAAAAAGACAAAUAUGGCAGUAAUGAAAUCUUUAUCAAGUGUCAGACAUUAAUGUGUGAGCUAUAACUGUGAAAUGGUAAAAAAAAAAA